AAGUGUGCGAGACUGCCAAGUGUGUGACUGUGUGCAACAGUGUAAAUUGACGGUUGAGUGUGACAGGAUCAACAGAUUUUUUCUCUCAAUAUUUACAUAUUUUUUAUAAAAUAAAGUCAUUAUGGCAGUGUCAAAAAUACCACAAGUCAAAUUUUGGAAUGGAAAAACAAUGCCAGCCCUUGGUUUAGGAACAUAUUUGUCUACAGCUGGUGAUGUUGAAAGAGCUGUUAAAUAUGCUAUUAACAUUGGAUAUCGUCAUAUUGAUACAGCAUUUUUUUAUGAUAAUGAAAAAGAAAUUGGAAAUGCAGUUAAAGAAAAAAUAAAUGAUGGAACUGUUAAACGUGAAGAUCUUUUUAUCACAACAAAGCUAUGGAACAAUACCCAUGCAGCUGAUAAAGUUGUACCAAUGUGUAAAAAAUCAUUGAGUAAUCUUGGACUUGAUUAUGUUGAUUUAUAUCUUGUUCAUUGGCCAUUUGGAUUUAAGGAAGGUGAAGAAUUAAUGCCAAUGAAUGGAGAUAAAAUUGAAUAUUCAGAUGUUGAUUAUACCGAGACAUGGAAAGGUAUGGAAGAAUGUGUCAAUCAAGGAUUAGCAAAAAGUAUUGGAGUCAGUAAUUUUAAUUCUGAACAAAUAAAACGUGUACUUGAUAUGGCUAAAAUUAAACCAGCAAACAAUCAGAUUGAAUGUAGUGUUAAUUUAAAUCAAAAAAAGUUGAUUGAUUUUUGCAAAAGUCAUGAUAUUACAGUGACUGGUUAUGCACCACUUGGAAGACCAGGUAAUCAACGUGGAAUUCCAAACUCUCUGGACAAUCCAGUUGUUUUAAAUAUUGCAAAAAAAUAUAAUAAAACACCAGCACAAAUUGCCUGUCGAUAUGUGUAUGAACAAGGAGCUGUACCAAUUCCAAAAUCAAUUACUGAAUCACGUAUCAAAGAAAACAUGGAAUUCUUUGAUUUUACAUUGACACCUGAUGAAAUGGCAGCUAUUGAAUCAAUUGGUACUGGAGCAAGAACAGCUGGCUUUCCUCAAAUAAGUGAUCACAAAUAUUUUCCAUUUGGUAUUCCUUUUUAAAUAAAAAGAAAGAAGAAGAAAAAAUUGUUGAAAAAUAAUAAUUUUGAUAAAUAAAUAGAUAUAAUUUUGGAAAAUUAA